GUUUGAGCGGCUCACGGAUAUCAUUUACCUCAACCUCUCUGAUACCGGUUUUAUGGGUAAGAUCCCAAUUGGAAUUGCGUGCCUCAAGAACCUUGUGACCAUUGACUUGUCUUAUAAUUACGAAUUGUAUUUUGAACGGCCAAGUUUCCAAACCAUCAUGGCAAAUAUGAGCAAUCUGAGGGAGCUUUAUCUUGAUGAAGUGGGUUUACAGAACAUCGGAUCGGAUUGGUCCACUGUUUUAGCAGACUCCGUUCCCCAGCUACAGAUUCUUAGCUUGCCCUGGUGUGGUUUAUCAGGUUCUAUCCACCCUUCAUUCUCAAGGCUUCGCUCACUUACGGUGAUCAACCUCAGAUACAAUGAUGGACUCACCGGCAAAGUCCCGGAGUACUUUUCUGAACUAUCUUCCUUGACCAUUUUAGACAUAUCAGGAAGUCAAUUUGAAGGGCAAUUUCCAACAAAAAUAUUCCAGCUAAAAAGUUUGAGGACGCUUGAUUUGUCCUGGAACCCCAUGCUUUCUGUGAGAUUAACAUAUUUCCCAGCUGGAAACAAUUUGGAAGUACUAAAUCUAGAAGGGACCAAUUUGUCUUAUGACACGCCAUUGGGGCAAUCUCGAGUCUUUAAAGACAUUGGGGCUUAGCACGAUGGGAAUUGAUAAUGAACUCUUCUCUUUGAUAUCUGAGCUUCCAGCAUUGGAUUACCUGCGACUCACUGGAUCAGAUUUGGAGAACCCGGUAUUAUCUUGGGUCAGCAAUCUUACCCAAUUGACAAACCUGGUGCUUGAAGGUUAUGACUUCUCAAACUCGGUUCCCACUUGGAUCGGCAAAUUGACAAGGCUGGAAAUUUUGACAAUAUGGGAUUGCAGUUUCUCCGUGCCAAUACUGUACCAGAUUAGAAAUCUUACUAAAUUGGCAGCGCUGGAGUUCACUGGUUGCGACUUAUCUGAGCAAACAAUGCCAUCAUGGAUAGGCAAUCUUACAAAGUUGACUUCUUUGACCAUUGAAGAUUGCAGUUUAUCUGGGCCAAUACCCUCUACAAUUGGAAACCUGAUCCAACUUGAAGAGUUGGUGUUCUGGGAUACUAACAUCAGCGGAAAAAUUCCGAAGUCUUUGUUCGCUCUUCCAGUCCUGCAGCAGCUUCAUCUAGUUAGGAAUCAGCUUGUUGGCCCACUAGAAGACAUUCCUGCUCUUUUAUCGUCACCAAUGCGGGAGAUCGAUUUAGGAGGUAAUCAAUUGACAGGCCCAAUACCAAAAUCACUUUUUCAGCUCACGAAUCUUGAGCGUCUUCUUCUAGCUGAGAAUCAGCUUGUUGGUUCACUAGAAGACAUUCCUGCUCCUUUAUCAUCACCAUUGCGGGAGAUCGAUUUACAAGGUAAUCAAUUGACAGGUCCAAUACCAAAAUCACUUUUUCAGCUCACGAAUCUUGAGUAUCUCAAUCUUGGCUCGAAUAAAUUGACAGGCACAAUAGAACUUGGCUCUAUACGGAGGUUGAAAAAUCUCAUUAUUCUCGACCUGGGUAACAAUAUGAUAUCACUCGUAGAAAAAGAAGGUGAUACGAUAUUCUCUUAUUCCCUUAAAAUCCAGACCUUAUACCUUGCAUCUUGCAACCUUACAAAAUUUCCGGAACCAUUAAAAUAUCUUGACACUAUUCAAUAUCUCGACCUUUCCAAUAACCAAAUCGAAGGGGCCAUACCAAGUUGGGUGUGGGAGAAACCACUGCUUCAGUUGAACCUCUCACACAACAUGUUUACUACUUUAGAGAAGUCUCCUACUGUUCAGAUGACACAUUUAAAUUCUCUUGAUCUCAGUUCUAAUAGAAUUCAAGGAAGCAUACCAAUACCAUCAACUCCAUCCGACCUGAUUCUGUUGGAUUACUCAAAUAAUAACUUCUCUACCAUUGAACCGAACUUUGGCAGGUAUCUUACAAAUGCCCACUACAUCAAUUUGUCAAAAAAUAAAUUAAGUGGCCAUGUACCACUUUCAUUUUGUAGUUUAAGCCAACUUGAGCACAUGGACUUAUCUUACAAUAACUUUAGUGGACCAAUUCCAUCAUGUCUUAUGGAAAGAGUUGACCCGAGCAUACUGAAGUUAAGAGGAAACAAAUUACAUGGCGUGCUACCUGAAAAUAUUAGAGAAGGAUGUAAGCUUCAGACAAUUGAUUUCAAUGAAAAUCAAAUUGAAGGUGCGCUACCUAGAUCACUAGCAAAAUGCCAAGACUUAGAGGUUCUUGAUGUUGGCAGUAAUCAUAUUGUAGAUUCAUUUCCAUCAUGGAUGGGUACUCUUCCAAAUCUUCGAAUUCUUGUGUUGAGAUCUAACAAACUCUAUGGCACUAUAAGGGAUCUUCGCAGGGGCUACCAACACUUCACAAGUUUGCAAAUAGUUGAUUUGGCCUCCAACCAUUUCUCUGGUGACUUACAUUCCGAAUGGUUUGAGAAUUUUAUUUCAAUGAUGAAUAACAGCAAUGAUGAGGGGCAGAUAUUAGAGCACCAUCCAACUGGACCAAUGACACGAUUGUAUCAAGAUACUGUCACUAUCACCUUCAAAGAUGCUGCUUUAAGCAUCACCAAAAUCCUUCGUGCUUUCAAAGUAAUUGAUUUGUCAAAUAACUCAUUUGAGGGUUCCAUUCCAAGUUCAAUUGGAAGACUUGCUUCACUUCACGGACUUAACAUGUCGCACAAUAACUUCACGGGAGAAAUUCCAUCACAACUUGGGAAGUUAACAAGGUUGGAAUCAAUGGAUCUCUCUUGCAACCAUCUCUCGGGAGAAAUUCCACAGGAGUUUACCUCUCUAACUUCUCUUUCCGUGUUGAACCUUUCGUACAACAACUUGACAGGAAGAAUACCGCAGGGAAACCAAAUCUUGUCAUUUCCCAGCAGUUCGUUUGAAGGCAAUGCUGGCCUAUGUGGAAUUCAGCUUUCCAAGGAAUGUGACCCUCGUCCAGAUUCAACCACCCCAAGCACAUUGGCUCCAGAACACAAUGCUUUGUGGCAGGAUAGACUUGAUGCCAUCAUGUUGUUCCUCUGUGCUGGCUUGGGCUUUGGCGUGGGUUUUGCAUUGGCAAUCAUAUGCGGUCCCUUUUACCACAUAGAAGAAUGGCUUUGCAAGCAUUUGUAUUAGUAAUAUAAGUUUUCAACAAGAAUAAUUAUGUAUGUUUGUGCUGUA